GCUCUCCCACAGCCUCCUCCCCACUCUCUCUCUCUCUCUCUUCCCCCACCCACCCCCUGUUUCUAGAAGAAAAAAAGUCUCCCUUUCCCCCCUUAUCCGCCGGCGACGAGCUCGAGCGCGGCGCUCGAGUUAUUUUCUCCUUCAGUCGGCGGAGGAAGAGGCGACGCCGGCGGAGGCGGAUCCUACGAGCGCGGACAGCAGCGGUGGCGGGGGACCGGGACGCGCAGAUCAGGCAUCUCAUGCAGCGCCGCCGGCUCGCGGAGCAAGAGGGAGAGUCUGUCUCUUGCUACUGCAGGGUAGAUGGAGGCCUUAAAACUGUCGUCAAUGCUAGAAAGUUUGUCCCUGGUGCUAGGCUGUGCAUGCAACCUGAUGUCAAACCGAACAAGCGCAAGUCAAGGAGCUCACGCAAGGAGAGGUGCCGAACUCAGGCGCCGCUUCUGCCUGGCCUUCCUGAUGACCUGGCUAUUUCAUGUCUGAUGCGGGUUUCUCGAGCUGAGCACCCUAAUCUUCACUUGGUCUGUAGAAAAUGGAGCCGACUUUUAUCUGGGAAUUAUUAUUACUCACUGCGGAAGAAAUGUGGCAUGGAAGAAGAAUGGGUUUACGUCUUCAAAAGGGAUCGUGAUCAGAAACUAUCUUGGCAUGCCUUUGAUCCAGUGCACCAGCUCUGGAGGUCACUUCCUCCAGUUCCACCAGAGUAUUCGGAAGCCGUGGGCUUUGGUUGCGCUGUUCUCAGUGGCUGCUAUUUGUACCUAUUUGGUGGCAAAAACCCAGUACGGGGGUCUAUGAGGCAUGUCGUGUAUUACAAUACUCGGACAAACAAGUGGUACCGGGCUCCAGAUAUGCUACGGAAGCGGCACUUGUUUGGCUCUUGUGUCAUAAACAACUGUCUCUAUGUUGCCGGUGGGGAGUGUGAAGGGACACAGAGAACUCUAAGAUCUGCUGAGGUUUACAAUCCGAACAGGACUAGAUGGUCUUGCAUCACUGAAAUGAACACAGGAAUGGUGCCGUUCACUGGAGUUGUAUAUGAUGGCAAAUGGUUCCUAAAGGGACUUGAUUCUCACCGCCAGGUUGUGAGCGAGGUCUAUCUGCCAACAUCCAACACGUGGUCGACCACUGGUAAUGCACUGGUUGCAGCCUUGCGGAAUCCAACCAUUUCCUUUAAUGGUCGUCUUUAUUCAGCGGAUUGUCGGGAUGCCUGCAAGCUAAGAGUUUAUGAUGGGGACAUAGGAUUGUGGACAAGAUUCAUGGACAGUAGACGCCAUCUGGGCAGCUCACGAGCUUUUGAAGCCGUGGCUUUGGUCUCACUGAAUGGAAAGAUCUGUGUUAUCCGUAAUAACAUGGGCAUGACCCUUGUUGAUGUCUGUGACCCAACAAAAGUUAUUGAGAUGGAGAGUGCCCGUGUGUGGGAGACUUUUGCCCGGAAGGGCCACCAGCACAGGUCUUUGAUGGCUAAUUUGUGGUCAGCAAUUGCAGGUCGUAAUUUGAAGGCCCACAUCAUACAUUGUCAAGUUCUCCAAGCUUGAAUGUAUCUGCCUGUUUAGGGGAAACAUGUUCAAAUGUACUUGUUUUUUUUUUUGCGGGAAAGAUGCUCAGAUUUUUAAAGAACCCCUCGGCUAGAACCUGGAAUGUGGAGUACCCCAGCAUUGCUUGUAGGGAAGACACACCAUGCUGCCAUAUUUAAUAUCUACUGGUUGCAUUCCUACAAAUUCUCCGAGAUUUUGACCAAGUUGCAUGAUGUUUAUGAAAGAGGAGAGCGGAGCUGACGGCAGUCUUCAUUGUGAGAUGAACAGGAACCUUCCGUAGCACCAAUUUUGGUUGGCCGAUGCUGCUGGCGAUGGGCAGCAGAAGAUUUCACUUGAUCCUCAUGUCCAUGGAUGUGUUUUUCUUGCUUUUUGGCAGAUUAGGCAUGCCAAAAUAUGUGCUGUAGCAACAGACUAGACUCAUGUAAGAAAUGUAAUACAAGUGUCUUUGGUUUGUGCCAAAACCAACCUUAGCAACAAGUUUUGUUUGAAUGAUUUGGGCACAAACCAAUGCUCACCCUAGAUCAAUCUUAUGUUUAUUAUGCUUUGGAAUCA